AUGGCCGAGGUCGUCGAGAUCACGGAUGCCGUCUCGCACUCCCCUCCUCCGCCCAACGCCAAGCGCCCAAAGGGCAUCCUCAAGAACUCCUCGUACCAGGGCCGCUCGCCACCCAUCUCCCCUGUCGCCGUCGCUUCCAACAGCCAUGCCGUCGACCCCACCACGCCAGAUCCCAGCCUCAGCGACAAGGAGGUCACCAUCCAAAAUACCCAGAUCAAUGCAGGCCACCGCCGUUCCUCGUCCGCGGCUAGGCCCGUCGGCUCGCGUCGCCAGAGCUCGCGCACCCCUUCUGUCACCGACCCGGCCGAAGAGGCCGACCCCCGCAUCAAGUGGGACGAGGCGAACCUCUACCUCACCGAGCAGGAGCGCACCAGCACCAUGAAGAUCACGGAGCCCAAGACCCCCUACGCGAAGCACUACGACCCCGCCGAGGACCCCAGCGACGACGAUGACAUCAACGCCCCCGGCGAGGGCUCCAGUGGUAUCAACAUCAGGAAGCGCAAGGAAGGCAGCCACCACGGCAAGGGCCAGAACGAGGACGACAUACCUGGCCUGUCGCUGGGCGAGCCCGAGGAGGCGGUCCCGGAUGUCCCGGCCGACGAGGUCGAGCUGAAGCGCCAGCACCGUGGCAGCGGUAGCGCCGUCCACAUCGACGGCGCCGCCCAGGACGAGGCCGGCCUGUCGCCCGAGGAGCUCGAGAAGCACCGCCGGUUUGAGGAGAUGCGCAAGAAACACUACAAGAUGACCUCGGUCGUCCACACACUCGGCCACCCCGAGGAGAUCGACACCCUCGCGGCCGAGGACGACGACGACGACGACGAGGAUGGCCCGCAGGGAGGCGCGUCUAAUGGUGCAGCUGUUCCGCCUGUGCCUCCUCUGCCGUCUGGUAUUAAUGGCCGGUCGGCUUAG